AUGGGAAGCGAGUUUGAAACACAUGAACGUCUCUCAGGAGGACAGAAACAGAGAAUGGCAAUUCCGAGAGCCCUUCUUACAAACCCGAGAGUCUUGCUUCUUGAUGAAGCAACAAGUGCGCUUGACGCUGAAAGCGAAUAUCUUGUUCAGGAUGCGAUGGACUCAUUGAUGGCAGGAACGACGGUUUUGGUGAUAGCUCAUGAUGAGCUUCUCAACUUUGAUUACCCACGACCAUCCGACUUUCAGCUACUUCAAUGUCUUGGGGGGGGGGGGGGGACGACCAAUCAUGCUUCAUUUAUUGUUAGAGGUGUUGUCAUUACCUACCUUAAAGAAAGCAGCCUUUAA